UUACUCCUUCCAUACCCAACAUGGCCUUCGCUUGAUGCUCGCCCUCUUCCACAAUGGUAUGACGACGUGAAAUUCGGGAUAUUCUGUCAUUGGGGAGUUUACUCAGUUCCAGCUUUUAGGACUGAAUGGUUUUGGUGGGCCUGGAAAGGAACAAAUCCAGAUAAAGAUGUUGUGUCUUAUGUCAACAAGAACUAUAAACCGGGUACUACAUAUGCUGACUUCGCCAAAGAUUUCACAGCUGAGCUUUUUGACGCAAACGAUUUUGCUGAUAUCGUCAAGUCAUCUGGAGCAAAAUACUUUGUCCUAACAAGCAAACACCAUGAAGGUUUCACAAUGUGGCCAAGCAGAACAAGCUGGAAUUGGAAUUCAGUGGAUAUAGGACCUAAACGAGAUAUUGUUGGUGAACUGAAGAAUGCUUUCAAAGGAACCGACGUUCAUUUCGGUCUUUAUUACUCAAUGUUCGAAUGGUUUCAUCCAUUGUUUAUCGACGACACAAAGUACAAUACAACCGCUUAUGUUGAUCAAGUUUCCUUUCCGCAACUAACCGAGAUUGUUAGCCUUUACAAACCAGAAAUUGUUUGGAGUGAUGGUGAUUGGGAUAAAAGCGAUGAUUAUUGGAGAAGCAAGGAAUUUCUAGCUUGGCUUUACAACGCUAGCACGAGGUGCUAUUUUAUUUCUUUAUUUACGCACAAGCUGACGUUUCGGUGGAUUUCGCCUUUCUCAGAACCUGGAAGGGUCAACUUGACAACAAUCCAUUCGGCCAAACACCUCCAUAACCAAAUAGGGAAAACGCUAAACCAUGAUUUCAGUCACAUUUAG